UUCCUGUUGGAGAGGAUCCCUAAUCCUUUGGGUGUCGGUCAUGUUGAAGAAUGUUUUGAGCAGGUUGGCGUCACAAACAAUUCGUCUCCGCCGUCAUGCGAAUCGCGCUCCGUCCGUCCAGACGCUGACAGCCUGCGGCCGAGUGUCGGUGAGGAGCUUCGCGGAGGUGAAGGACGACGUGCCGCCGCCUUUCGACCCCUCCCUGCUGGAAGUACUGGUCUGUCCGCUGUCCAAGAAGCCGCUGAGGUAUGACGCCGACACCAACGAGCUGAUCAACGAGGAGCUCGGCAUCGCUUACCCCAUCGUUGACGGCAUUCCUAACAUGAUCCCGCAGGACGCCAGGCUGCUGCAGACAGACGCGCAGACACCGAGCUCGCCAGCCCAGUAGAAGACCUAAAGACUUCUUCUGCACCGAACUCCCACUGAAACCCGUCCGUCAGCUGACUGCCGUAGAACUGCCAGGAUGUUCUCCCUGUCCGUGAUGGUGGGACUGGUCCCCAUCGUGUCUCUGUUCGGUUUGUUCUACUCUGCAGCCGUGGAUGAGAACUUCCCUCAGGGCUGCACCAGCAGCAACAGCCUGUGUUUCUACAGCCUGCUGCUGCCGGUGACCAUCCCCGUCUAUGUCUUCUUCCACCUCUGGAGCUGGAUGGGGAUCAAGCUGUUUAGGCACAACUAGGCCGUUCCAGAAGGAAGACUUUUCUGAUGUAACUUGGAUAUUUUUUUUUUAGCUUGCUGCAUAUUUUUAGCUUUGCUGAAAUCUCGUCGCCAAGGACGCUGAGCUGUCAAAAAUCUGCCAAGACGGAGCAACACGCAAGACUGUUCUUGCUUUAAUGUUUGAACGGCAUGUAGAAAUAUUUCCCCCUGUACCAGUCCCACUAUGUCACUGUCUACCAAACAGACUGGAGUAAAAAUGGAGACCUGUGUAAACCAUCCAAAGCUUGUAUAUGUGCUUAUAGAGGGGUUAAAUAAAUAAACUUCAGUGCUGAACGCUCUUAAGGAG